AUGAGCUCUGCAACCGGAGUCUUGUCUCGAGCAGUGCGUGGUGGCUCCUACCGCUUUAUACAACGUCUCUGCACGUUUGCUGCCAACUCAUUAGUGCUUCGUAAAGUACAUCUUAAUGUUGCAGGUGCUGUGACCAUUCGCCUUGAGCUUGUGCUGGCCUCUAUCUUUCUCUUGCGGGACGGAUUUCGCCUCGCGUUCCUUCGUGUGCCAUCACUUGACUCGAAAGAUUUAAGUCAUGGAACAUCAUACAUUCAACAACUGGUCAACACUGCGUGGUUGUCGACGUUAAUCAGUUGGAUAGUAGCGGGAAUUCUCCUCAUGUAUUCGUUCGUUAUGAGUGAUACCAAGUCUGAAAUGGAUGAGGUGGAACUGAGAUAUUCAACAGUGCUGGCGAUGUAUUGCGGUGCAGCGAUGAUCGAGGCUUUGGCUGAGCCAAUGUAUGUACUGGCACACGCAAGUGUACUCGUGAGCUGGCAAGUAGCUGCUCAGAGUGCCGCGUUUUUGGUCCGAGCAGCAGUGCAAUAUCUUGGUGUCGUGGUAUUUGAGCUGAGUUUGACGGCAUAUGGGAUCGCUGAACUAUCAUUCGCGUUGACGCUUCUAGUGACGUUCGCACUGUUUUUUUAUCAGCGGAUUCAUCAAAGCUCGAGUACAAAUACGUUCGCGUUGUCGAGUAUGGGUCAAUUACUACCACGCAUACCAGAGAAUGGUGUCGCUUGGUGUCACCCACAAUUGACGGCACUGCUAGUGCCACUGAGUGUACAGAGUGGAGUUAAGUAUCUCUUAGCAGAAGGAGAUAAAUGGGUACUUACAACUUUUGCAUCGCUCCAACAUAUGGGGGUGUACGGAUUGGUAUCAAAUCUCGGCUCUCUCGUCCCCCGUAUCGUCUUCUUACCAAUUGAAGAAACGACAAAAACAAUUUUCAGUAAAUUAGUGCUGGAGCAGAAUCAAAUGGACAAUAAUGCAAAAGACAAGAACAAGAGUUUGGCAAAUGGACAAACACUUCUUUUGAUGUUGCUUAAGCUUUUGAACUUGGGCGGAUUAGUGUUUGUCUCCUUCGGAACUACGUACGCCAACACGUUGGUGCUGUUACUGUAUGGAGCUGAGAAAGCUCAUCAAGGUAUUGGUGAUGCACUGGCUGUCUACUGCGUCUACAUUCCGUUUCUCGGUGUUAAUGGUGUUUGUGAAGCUGUUGUUCACGCCGUUGGAAACGAUUAUGCGCUUAUGCGGCUUAACAAACUACUUGGUCUGUUUUUUGUUAUUUACGCCAUCUGUGCGCUUGUGUUUAUGCAAGUGUUUAAAUGGGGAAUUCUCGGGCUCAUUCUGGCGAAUUGUGUUAACAUGGCGUGCCGCAUACUCUACUGCUUGACGUUCCUGGCUUCGUUCUUUCGUUCGGUAACUCCACAUGCUCAAUUUGACAACGCAUUUUUCAACGGGAUCGCAUUUUGGCUUCGAUCGCUUCCUGAUCAGCUCGUUCUUGUUGCUUUCUUCUCCUCUUUGAUUGUGACGGCUAUUUCCCAGCGCAUUUUGUUGGCGAAAGACGCAAGCUCACUGAUAUAUCACGCUCUGCAUGUUGUUGUGGGUGUUUUUUGCUUUAGUGGAACAAUGCUCACGCUUUACAUCAAAGAGCGACAUCUUCUAGGUGAACAACUAGCAGCAAUGCGGGGGAAUAAUAAAACGCAUAAAGAUUAA